UCCAGUGCUACUACACAUUUUCGUGCAUGAAACACCCGAAGUCGCGACGUGCUACCAGCGAAAGGUUCAUAUUAUGCGGAAGUGGCGCUGGGAUUGGCGUGUCGUUAGUUCCCUUUUUUGCAAUCGAAAUGUCCAGGUUAGCGGAGCUUUUUGACAGUGAAAUUCCUGGGGGACGAAAGGAAUUGCAGGAUAGCCAUGCAAAUUUGUUGGAUGUGGCGUCAUACUGUGAGGAUAACUAUUUAAAGGCUGCCAACAAGACUAAUGCCCUGGCCGAGACAAGACAGUAUGCCACGCAGGCCUUGGCCAGCGUGGCCUAUCAGAUCAACACGCUGGCCACCAGCAUGCUGCAGAUGCUGGAUUUGCAAGGGGUGCAACUGGCAGACAUGGAGUCAAGCAUCAACCACAUAGCUAGGAAUGUGAGCAUCCACAAAGAAAAAGUUGCCCGACGAGAAAUUGGUGUACUAACGACCAAUAAGAAUUGUCCCCGCACUCACAAGAUCAUUGCGCCGGCCAACCCGGAGAAACCCAUGAAGUAUAAAUCCACGCCAAUUGACUACAACGUCCUAGAUGACACAGGCCAUGGCAUGAAGCUCAGCAAUGCACCCAAGGCCAGCCGCACCCAGGACAUAGGCAAGCAGCGCACAGACUCCAUCAGCAGCAGCACUAGUACUAUGAGCAGCCAGGACAAUAACUUCCCCAUCUACCAGCCCAUGCCUGGUGCCAAGUUCGGGUCCUGGGGCAGGACCAGCCGACGGCCCUCAGUGCCCCCCAACGCGCCUGUUGCACCGAGCACUUACUCUGUCAUUGGCAGGGAGCAAGGUGUUGCCCAGGGCUCACCUCAGCUGGGCCGGCAGCAGCAGCAGCGGCCCCCUUCAUUGGCAUUUGGCCAAGCCCCGCCUCCUCCCAGUCAAAUCGGCAUGGCUCCAAUGGGGGCUCCUCCCGCACCACCUGCCCCACCCCCGGAAACAGAGGCACCCAACCAGGGACAUCGUAUGUCGGUGCCGCCCAUGGCCCCACCUCCCAUAAUGGCUCCUCCCCCCAUGGCACCGCCGCCACCCACAAUCCCUGCUGCCGACUUGGGCCCAAGGAGGGGCGGACCUGGUGGGGAUGGGGGUGGCAUGAUGAUGAUGCCACCGCCGCCUCCUCCAGACAUGAUGGAGUUGCCAGGUAUCAUGCCCCCACCGCCCCCGCCAGAUGCAACAAUGGAGUUGUCAUCCUUGCCCCCUCCCCCGCCCAUGGACAACACCCCUUACCCGGCCAACAUGGGCAUCACUGAUGAGGAGAUGCCUCCCCCACCAGAGUUUGUCCAGGCCGGUGACAUGGACCAGUCAGCGCCGACAGAUUAUAUGGAGAAAGUGAUCGCCAUCUACGAGUACCAGGCGACACGAGAUGACGAGCUGACUUUCCAAGAAGACGACAUCAUCUACGUGCUGAAAAAGAACCCCGAUGGGUGGUUUGAGGGUGUGCUCCAUGGCAUCACAGGACUCUUUCCUGGCAACUAUGUUGAGGUAGUUCCAUAGGAACUUCAUCUAUUCGGCCAAGGAAGAGACAAACAGGUGGCUCCUCAUUCCUUCCAUCUUAAGAAGAUUACACAUCAGGGUAGAGUUUAUUCUGCAUCAGAACGUAGUUGUACAGUGUCAAACCUAACCGUCUACUUAUGUGAACGUGUGCUUCAGAUACUCCUUAAAAUUAUGACUCGGUUUUAUGGGUUGUUAUGGAUGCUUUGCGUGGCAGCCAUCUUGGAGAUACAUGUACAUGUGCGUGCUUUGCUCCACCGGGAAACAUAUGAGUAGACCCUGUGUGCAUUUAAAAUUGAAAUAAGAAAUUAAAACCUACAAUAUGGCUGCCACAUGCAAAGCCAGACACUGUUUAUUUGGUAUGUAAUAUCUGUGGUGUGUCUGACACAAACCACGUUUGGGUUUAAGCUGCAUUUGAACCGCUUUAGACUCAAACGUGCAUGCCAGAUUUUUGUGUCUUUUAUCCUGGGAAAUUGGGGGUCAGUGUCAUAAAAGACAAAAGGGAAACAUUUCAGAUGAGGCAGUUGGGCUGAGCAGUUGAAAUAUCUGUUUCACUUUUUGCGCUUGCUGGUAAUAUUUUGUAGAUAAAAGAAUUAUCCUAAAAUGACUACAUGUACAUUGAAUAUUGUAUGUCUGUCCGAAUCUGGUAUUUCAUGGAGUGCUGUUCCAAAAUUGUACUGAGGUUUAUUUUCAUUGCAUUAACAAAGACUAAUGGUACCCUGUUGUGUGAUAUGGGCUGAUGAAAUAUGGAAUAAUUUUUUUUCACAUGCAUGCACAAUUUACUUUGUAUAUUGAUAUCAAACUACUCGCAUGGCAAUGAAAACCUUAAUUUGGGUUGGGGGGGCAUUCAGUAUUGUAUUGUAUCCGUUAAUAGGUGAUUUCCCAACAUGGGAAAGGCUUCAAACGAACAUUACGCUUCUGUUGCAAUGUUCCCUCCAUUGCAUACGUUCUUCUCUGCAACCUGAUUAUCUCAAACCUCAAUCCAGAGUUCUAACGGAGUCCUCAACUUUGGUAACUCUCCCUAAAAAGUGCAUUUUUGAAAACAUUUACAAAUUGCUUCAUGUUUUUUUCUGACAAGUGAGCGCACUGUUACUUUGAUGGCGUCAGAGCCAUGUACAGGUACUGAGAGAUUUGUGACAUAAGUGUCACCACUAUUGGAAACCAACAGGCAGGUGUAUGUGCAUGGACUGUUGGCAUAUACAUGUACAUACAAUAGCCAUGUGGUGUAUGGUACACAUAAUGAAUCGCCUUUUUGUUUCCAAAAUCUGAAGCUCGCACUUCUGGCUCAGUAUACAGCUUUGGAUGUCAUUACCUCAUUUGGGGGGAUUUCUUUUAAACUUGUGAACCGAAAAUUUGCUCCUUGAAAAUGUUUGGGAGAAAGCUUUGCUCACUAGGCUAACUGCCAUAAACAGAAACAACAGUAAAUCACCCAAGCAAACAAAAUUUAAGACAGCAAGAUAUCCAAAAUUCAGGCAUAGCGGCAGAAACACUGAUGCGUCUACCUUGGAUGACAUCACACCUAGCUGAUAAAUAUGCAAAUUUUCAUUAGUAUACAUGUAUAAAUCAAAGGCAGAAAAUUGCCCUUCAAAUCAGAUUGAAUGGGACACAGAGCAUGCAUUAAGAACUGUUCUUAAAAAUUACAUUGCACUGGCCCUUAAGAGUCUGAAAUUCUCGCACGGACUAUGAUUAAAGUAUUCAGUUGUUAAUCUAUUUCGGCAGUUGACUUGUGACCCGACUUGGCACUACAAUGGUUUCAAUACAUAAAAUGUCAUCAAAUUUCUCAUGAAGUUGAGAUUAAAUUGAAUGGAAUGGUCUUAAAAAUGAAAAUCGAGAUAUUUUGCACACUUUUCACCAAACAUUAUAUUUCACAUUAUAUUCCAGGUGUGUCUAUCAAUUUAUCCCGGAUUGACUUUGUUGUGCGUGCAUAUGGUUCUGUAUAAUUAUGCAUGCAUGAUAAUGAUAUAUAUAUGAAGGGCCUUAUGUACUCCACUGUUGUUAACUGCAGCUUAAAAUCAGGAAUGAAAUGAAAAAUUGGUUAUUAAAAGAAGCGGUAAUGUUCAGAUAA